CAUGCCCGUUGCCUCUGACAUUAAGUCUGAAAUCGCGUUAAAAUGCCCGGCAAGUUAAAAGUGAAGAUCAUCGCCGGGAGGAAUCUCCCUGUUAUGGACAGGUCUUCGGACACGACGGACGCUUUCGUUGAAAUUAAACUCGGUGCGACUUCCUACAAGACUGAGAUAUGCAGGAAAUCCCUCAACCCCCAAUGGAAUUCGGAAUGGUACAAGUUCGAGGUAGAAGACGCCGAAUUACAAGAUGAGCCUUUACAAAUUCGGUUGAUGGAUUAUGACACUUAUACGACCAACGAUUCGAUCGGCAAAGUCUAUUUGAACCUGAAUCCACUUUUAAUUCCUUCUUCACUCUCAGUCACACAUGACAACAACACCGGAUUAAAUAAUGUAAAAGGUAUUACAAUCAAUGGAUGGCUCCCCGUGUAUGACACAAUGCAUGGUAUUAGAGGUGAAGUCAGCAUAGUGGUGAAGUUGGAGUUAUUUGAGGAUUUCAAUAAGUUUCGGCAAUCGUCCUGUGGUGUUCAAUUCUUUUCCAGCCCUGUAAUACCCGAGGGCUAUCGUAUGAAAACCGUCCAUGGUUUUGUUGAAGAGCUAGUCUUUGCCGAUGAUCCAGAAUACCAAUGGCUCGACAAGAUCAGAACUCCCAGAACGACAAACGAAGCCCGACAGACAUUAUUUUUUAAAUUGAACGGUGAAGUGAAACGGAAAAUUGGCCUUAAAGUUUUGGAUCUAGGUGCAAAUGCUGUCAUAGGCUAUAAACAGUGUUUCGAUCUUGAAGGAGAUUGCGGUGUUGUCGUGAGAGGUUUAGGAACAGCAGUUACACUUGAUGCCAAAGCCACACUAGGGUUGUUUUCCGAAACCAAAAGAGAAGUAUACGAUGAAAAGUCAUCAAGUGAGAAGGAAUUGUGCCGUCGGUCUUCCGAUUCUGACUUGAAUGUCAUUCCUAGAGGGAACAGUUUGAGUAUAAAUGAAAAAGUAAGCAACAAACUGCAUAUACAGCCGCAACAGCGCCCUUUGGAUACUCUCGACAUGGGCGAAUAUCCAUUUCUCACCAUGACAAAAUAUCCACCGGGCUUUGUACAACACAUAGCCGGUGUCGUUAGUGCAAGGGGUGUUAAAUUGCUCGGUGGAGAUGAAGCUGAAACUAGGGAUUCUUGGUGGACAGAGUUGAGACUUGAAGUCCGUUCCCAUGCACGAGCUCUUUCGUGUAAUGCCGUAAUCGGUUAUUCUGAGCAUACUACAGUUUGUGAGGAUGUUUGCAUUUUAAGUGCGAGUGGGACUGCUGCUGUUAUAACCCAAAAAGAAUACGAUUAUCCAACAUCAGUUGAAGGAGAAGAACACGGGUGUAAAGUAUACCACAUGCCUUAUAAUGAAAUUAGCCAUCCUUUUCGAAUGAAAUUUGCAAAAUGUGCUCAGUGCAAGAAAGGAAAAGUUGGUGAGAUUUUAAUGACGACGACUGAAUUAGUUGAUGGCAUUUCUUUACAAGGGAAAGGCAGUUUAGUGCAAGCGUUGGUAUGCCGCCAUAAAAGAGACUGCAAAGGAGAGCUGAAUGCCAAAGAAGUGUCAGACGCGUUACCAUUUUUAGAGUACGAGCUUCAUACACAAUUGAUGCAUAGGUUGAGUGCUGUUGGAGCCAAUGCCAUUGUUGGUCUCCGAGUGGAGUUAUCUUUGGGUGAAAGAGUAUUGGUCGGUCACGCUACUGGCACUGGAAUAACUCUCGAGGCCCUUCCUAUACCGAGAUUUCCUUCCGAUCAUAAAAACGAAUUGGUCAGUUCUGAUGAAGAUGAUUCAGAAGAUCAAUUACGGGAACUGGAUUUAUCAAUCGGAAACAAAGAUACAUGCCUUCUUGAGGUGCCAGAUUCCAUUAGCUGUUCUGGGCCAAUAGGAACACCACCGGAUGGUUAUUUAAUCAGCACAACACAAGGCAUUCCCGGAGCAUUUGUGGUAGGUCUCACUCCGGUUAGAAACUUGCAGAUGUUUACACAAAUCUGGAAGGCAAGAAUGUGCCCUCUUCCGUCUUCGAUGACUGUUUCGUCACAAUUCCAUCGGCUUCUUCAGGGUGUUUAUUUUAAAUUAAGAGCUAUGACGCCCUGUGCCUUAGUGAAUGUACGUUUCAAAGUGGAUUUACCGCAACAAGAUGAAUUGCAAAUAUCCGUGGUCGGAAUGGCUGUGGGGCUGGCUGAAAAUGAUAAACGCUUUGAUCUUCAGAACAUCGAUAUCGCUUUGGAAAACAUAGCUAAAAUGGACAAAGUCGAGGAAGAAAGCUCAUCAAAAAGUACACCGAUAAUGCGUCCUGUCAGGAAGUCAAUUCAUACACCACCUCGCGAGCAACGAUACGGUGUCGAUGUGACUCCCCUUUGUUACGUACCAGGUGGGAAAAUUAUAUCUUACCUUGGAAACUUGAAUUUCUUUUUCAUAAGAGAAAGCUCAUGCAUUCGAGAAGCAGGUCUUAGCGCUUUUGUGCAUGGCUUCAUAGCGGAAGUUCUGGCUAUCGUUCGAGCUCAUGUUACAGCUAUUGGAGGAAAUGCUCUUGUUUCUUACACUAUGUCUGAAUGUCAUUUGACAAACAAUGCCCAUAAAAACCAAGCCCAGUGUCUGGUGAAUGUUGGAGGUGAUGCAGUAUUUGUUUCAUAUUCUGAGUCUUGACUGAAAUUAUAAAUAUGUGCCAAAAAAUAAUUUAUAGAUCUUUUAUUGUAAAUAAAUGGAUUUU